CCCCCCUUCUCUUUAUUUCAAGAAAAGUGUAAUUUAUAUUGUGUUGUUAAUGUUAGGUUUGGGGUUAUUUUCUUGUCGGUGUCAUAUUCAACUGUACAGAAUAUUCUUAGACGGAAGAUAACUAAAAAAACUAAGAAGACACAGUGCUUACGUUUAGGAGCUGAUGAUCAGGAAGCAAAACCAAAAAUUACAUUAUAAACAUGUUAAUAUUAAUAUUAAGAAGGACCAGGACCAGGAAGAAAAUUAUUUAACUUGUGUAAUUUUAGUUUGUGGAAAUUCACAACUUAUUAUUUGCGAUUCAUUGAGUAGGCCUACUACUAGCAGACACUCUCGCAACAAGGUUUUCACUUUAUGUCUUGUGAUUAAGAAGGUAGUUAUAAGGCAGUCUUUUUUGUAUUUGUACUCUUACUUUAUUUAUAAUUAUAGGCUUACUACUAAAACUAAUUGCUAUCACUAAUUAAAUUGGAAAAUCUCAUUUAAAUUUGUUUGUUUUCUUUAGUUAAGCUUGAGUUAUUUUACCAUAUAAACUAUUUUUAUAUUCAAGAAGGCUACAUCCACCCCCCAUUUAUUUUCACCAGCAUUCACAUUUCUUACACUUGUCUGGGGUUGACAAUUACUUACUAUGGCCUGGUAUCUAGCUGUGUUAAUAAUGCUGACAUUUGCUGGCUUGCCAACUGGUAAGAAAUUAAAUUAUCAUUUAAAAUUUUUUAAAUUAUAAUAUAUGAGUUUCUUUAGCAAGAAAAAGAAAUUUUGUCAGUAAAACAUAUUAGAAAUAAAUUUAAAAUUAUAUGUUAUGUUUUAAAAAUAACUUGUAAGUGGUUUUAAAAAAGGGAAUUAAAAUGUAUACCUAUUCUUAAUAUUGAUUUUAAUUUGAAAAAGAAGUGAGAUAUAACUUUAAUUGAAAUUAUUUUGGAACCUUAACUAAACUAAAAUAUAGUUGAUAAAAUGAUUUAUAUAAAAUUUUACAAAUGAAAAGAAUUUCCUAAGAAUAAGUAUAUCUACUUUUUUAUGUAAUUUCUAGCUCAUAUGUAAUCUAUGUAAGAUAUAAUUUUAACACUAAAUUCAAUUGGCCUAUUAAUCAAUUGUUUUAAAUAAUUCAUUACCCAUUUGUCUUUUAGCUUUCAAACACAACUCAACAUCAUCUACAAACACAUUUGUUUGUUAUUAUAUGGCCACAUCAUUCUUCCCUGCAACCCAAGUACCAGCUGACUUAUGCACCCACAUAAUUUAUUCCUAUGGAAUAGUGAGCCCCAAUGGAAUCCAGCCAAUAUCUUCAGCAGAUCUUCAAAAUUACAAGUAAUAGUCACUAACCAUGUGCUGGCUUGAACCAGUCUGCUUUAUUUAAUUUUGUUUAUUUAAAGUGGUUCUAUAAAUUUAAAUAAUUUUUUUUUUAUCAUCAAAGGGUUAAAUGGAAAACUGGUUAACUUUAUGCUUUAACUUUUUUUUUUAAAGUUUGCACUAAAUAAAUUAAUUAAGCUUUUUCUGCAUGGAGAUAUAGUUUUAAUUUAAUAGACUUCCUUGAAGAAUGUCAUAUAGUCUAUCAUAUUUUAAUUAUCUAAAAUCUACAGAACACUUGUUCAGUUAAAAAAGAACAAUCCAAAUUUGAAAGUUCUGUUGUCCCUUCAACCUGGUUUUGAGUCUGUUGUGAGUGCUGGGAGCGAUGUAAUGAAGAAGUAAGCAUAUACAAUAUUAUAACAUUAUAAAAUUUGAUUAGCAAUUUUGUUUAUAUUGUGCAAAGACAAUUUAUUGGAACUUAUUUCAACUCUUAAGAAAGGCAUUUGGUAAGGAAUAACAACAGGAUAAGAACAUGACUGGUGGUGCACAAAGCAGACAACUGCAGUACUUCAUAAAAUUGUACAAAUAAUGUUCAUAUCUUAUCAGUGUCAAUAACUAGCAGCAGUGGGGACAGAUGGAAGGUCAGACAUUUCUUCUAAAAUGCAACUGUAUAUAGAAAUAAAAUGAAUUAUCUACAUUGCUUUUAUUGUUUGCAUGAUGAAUGAUUAUUAUUAUUGUUUUUGCAGGUUUGCCAAGCUGGCUGUUUCUUUUUUAAGCAACUAUGGCUUUGAUGGCAUUGAUCUUGACUGGGAGUUUCCAAAAUCAAAAGAUAAAGAGAAUUUUAAAUUAUUUAUCCAGGUAUUAUCCUAUAACCCUGUUGUUUUCCUAAAAUAAAUUUAUAUAGCUAUAUCAAAAUUUAUUUGGUUUUAAAAAUAAUCUUCCAUUGAACUUCAAAUGAUUGUCACCAUUUUUUUCCUGUACCAUAUUCAAUUGAUUUGAAAACUUCUUUUUUUUUUACAAAAAAAAAUAGAUAUUGUAUGCUGAAACUAGACCAGUCAAAAUGCUUAUGUCUGCUGCAUUACCAAAUAGUAUCAGUGCAUUAGGUGGCUAUGAUGUUCCAACAUUUGCAAGGUAAAUUUCAAGUGAUGACUCUAAAUCAUUUUAUUUUAAUUUCACUUAUAUCCAUGAGUAUCCAAUGAUUAACAAAUAUCAUUAUACUUAAACAAUACCAGUUUUUUAACAAAACCCUGUAUAUUAAUGUCAGUUAUGUUUUUUUAUGUAAUAAGUAAUUUAUUUCAGUGGUCUAUAAAAAUUUUGGUUACAAUUUACUUUCUGAAGUGGAAUGCUACAUUCAAAAAAGAUCAAUUAGGUUUAUCGCAUAAAAAGCUUAAUUUCUCUAAAACAAAAGUUAAACAAUUAAUAAGUAUAAGAAUUAAACACAUUGUUUAUAAACAUUUAUUAGUAAACCUAUCUGCAAUUGAUUAUUAAUGUUAAUAAAAUCACUAAAUUUGUAUGCAACGUAACCACAGUCAGUUUAAAAGACUAAUAUCAAACUUACACUAACAAUGUUAUUUUUUUUAGCGCUAUGGACUUCAUGACAGCAAUGACUUACGACUUUCAUUUAUUUAUAAAAAAUAUCGACAACACAACAGGCUAUAACAGCCCUUUGUUUACACCAAAAGGAGAACCUAAACUAUUUUCUAUGGUAAAUUUGACUGCAAAUAUUAGCAAAACUUUUUUACACUGGUACACUACUUUAAAAAAAAUUUAAAUAAAGGGUGAAUAAUAACUGUAAUCAAUUAAUUUUUAAGUUGUGAAUGAAAACAUAGGACACUUAAUCUCUAUUUUAAAUUCUUUAAAAUGUUUGUAUUUUAUCUUUAUUAUUAUUAUGUUUGUCAGAGAAAAUAUAAACAAUCUGUUUUAAUGAAUAACAGUUGAGUUGCACUGAAAAUAAUUUAAGAUUUAUAUUGCUCAAUAAUACUUUUGCAAUUCAUUUAUACAAGAAUAUUAAAAGAGUUAAAGACAUACAUGUCAACCUGUAGGUUUACUUUGUACAGUUUCAUUUGAGAGGUUGUAUCCGUUUGCUGAGGUGUACAGCUGUACAGACUUUAGUAUGGGUUUUCAAUAGAUUUAGAAAGGAAACAUUUAUGCACAAGGCACAAUAAAUUAGUGUUGCACAACAAGAAGUUAAAAUCUAUAUAAAUUUAGAAAUGGAGAUCAGUUCAUUGAUAUCAUUCAUUUUAAGACUAAGACAGUGAAGUACGGUAGUAACCAAUGUUCCCUUUAAGCUGCGUUGCUGCGCAGCUAACUCACAGAUGCUGGCAACAGUUUUGAGUAUCCGCGCAGCAAAUUUCCAUGUAAGUGUGUGUUUUUAAUUUGGGCUGUAAAAUUUUGCACAAACAAAAAAUUUAUGCUGUAAAACUUUGCCCACAACUGGACGAUUUUGCAUACGAACCAGCAAACCUUAGAGGGAACAUUGGUAGAAACUACUUUGAGUACCAUAGUAAUCUAUAAUUACAAAUAUUUAUUUUUUUUGUAAUUCUUUACAAGAACUUCAGUGUUAGUAAAUGCUUUUUUCCAUUAAAUAAUUAAAUGUAUUUAAUAUUACUAUCAAUGACUAGCAUUAGUGAUUAUUCCCAUUUAUUGACUACUGCAUGGCUUAAUUUAACAUGUUAAAGCUUUCAUAAAACUAAAAGUGGGUGGUAUUCACUGUACUGUUAUCUUCUUCAUUGUAUAAGUGAAUGUUAUUAAGAGCCGAAAUCAAUGAGAAUUGUAGAGUAUAUAGCUUACUAUACUAUAUUCUUUUAUUAUUAUUUUUUUGACACCAGCUGGAAACGUCCUAUUAACAUUUUAUAUCCACAUAAUAGAGUUAAAAAAAACUUCUAUCCUUAUUACAUUUUGUCUAAUUAAAUCUUCAAUGCUACAAAAUUCAUUAUUUACAAAUUAUUAUUGAUCUGGUAGACACAAAAAACUGUGACUUAAAACAAGUUAUUUUCAUUUUUAAUAUGUUGCUUUACAGUUUUUAAAUCUUUUUAUGCAUAUUUUGAAUCCACCAGAUUCUAAUGUAUGGGUAAAGAGCUAUAUAAAUUUGGAAUAUAUAGACUAAUAAUUUUUACUUAGAAGAUUUUAAUUAAUUCAAAUAAUUAUGUUAUUUUAUUUUAAACUAUUUAUAGAAUUUGAUAAUAUGAUUUUAUAAUGUGGUUAAUUCAAUCCAAUUUGUUUUUACAUUUUUACUGUCCCAUUUUUUCAUUUAGAGUGCAGUGCUUAGCUACUAUUUAAAUGUAGGUUUUCCGUCAAACAAACUCUUAAUGGGGAUUUCAACUUAUGGUCGCUCAUGGACUCUCACAGAUGCAGCAAAGCAUGAUCUGCAUGCGCCUGCAAAAGAUAAAGGACUGCCUGGACCUUACAGACACCUCCGGGGUGUUUAUGUAUACCCUGAUGUGAGCAUUAUUAUGUUGUUUUUUUUAUGUUUAUCUUAGGUAAAAUAUCUUUUACGUUUUAAGAAUUUACAAGUAUUACUUUAACGCAGAAGUAAUAAUAAGAUUCAGAAUUCAUUUAAAGGUUAUAAUGCUUUUAAAAUGGUUCACUUAUUUGACUUUACAAAUGCAUUUUUUGUUUAAAAUGAAAGGUUUGCGUGGCACUGCAGCAAGGCGCAAAAUCGGUGAUUGAUGAUACAAAUGGUGCAGCAUACCUUUACAAUGACACAACAUGGGUGGCAUAUGAUGAAAAAGCAACAAUAUUGAAAAAGGUAGCAUAGCAUAGUUAUAAGGGCAUAGAUUUUUCAUAAUGUUGAGAUUGAUCUGAUUUAAUGGGUCUCACAAUUUGUGGGGUUUUUUUUCCUAUUCUAUAGUUGAUGUAAGCUAUUUAGAAAUGUCUAUUGUGUAAAGAGGUAGAAAAUCAACCAUUGAUACAAAAUGUUCAUUCAACAAAAUUUAAUUCCAGAUGACAGAUCUCCAUUUUUGUUGGUACAAUUCAGUUUAAACAGCGAUAAUAACUUACCGUAUACAGUGUAUGGGUUGCACCAGGAAAUAGGUGGCACCCUUAGUUGGGGUUGUUUACGUGGGUAUUUAUGGGUGACCUGCAUAUAGGUUGAGACCUUAGUUUAGGGGAGUUACAUAUUGCCUUUUUUUUUAACGUAAAUAAAUCUAAUAUUUUUUAAACAGACAUGACAAAAAUGUUUUCAUAAUAGGAACAAGAAAAACUCACAAAAAAACAAUGUUCGCAAAACCAUGUAAUCUUAAUAUUAUUUUUUAUAUGGAUUUCUCUCUGCUCCAGCAUAAGCGAAUGCAAGGGAGAAAACGAUUCUCCGACUAUUGUUUAUUCAUUAGUCUUAUAUACGGAUAACUCAUUGUUCUUAGCAAUAUUAGAAUUACUUUUAAGUCCUAAAUAAUCUUAUGUGGACAAGUUGGAGGGAGACUGAUACUUGAGAAAAUCAGGUCAUGAGAACUACAAGUCUGGUACAAGCAUUGAACAAUGCCUGAGAGGAAGCUUAAGAAAAAUUUCCGAAGGACAAGGCCAAAGAAAAAUCUAAAGAAAAGGGACAAUAUCUGAAAAGAUACAAAUAGUAGAGGUUAUUAAUGUCCUGACUAACACCGAAUUACACAGCUAACAAUAAACAUUUUAAAUAACUCUGUGAUUACAGGCUGUGACAAAAUAUAUACUUAACUAAGACUAGAGUCGUACAUGUUAUAUAUACUUAUACAAAUGGCAAUCAAAAUUAUAUUAUCCUAAUAAUGUUUAACUCAUUCCCUCCUGCAAUGCUACUUCCGUAUUUAAUUUAUUUGCCUGAGAAAGGGAAGUAACCCCGUUUGGAAAUUGUUUACAUUUUUUUAAAAAUGUAUUUAAGCUACUAAAUAUUAUUUAAUGUUAAUGAAUUAAGAACAAAUGCAACAAAAAAUUAAUAAGGUUUAAUAUAAAUAUAACAUUAGCGGGGAAAAAAUAAUGAACAAUGACCAAAAAAUCGAUUUUCGGCACCUCGGACGAACACAUGCUACAUAAAGACGCGCCGUACUAAAGCACACGUAGUUUUAAAGCGAAACAAGAUAAAAACUUCCGGUUUUUAAAUUAAAAUCACGCUGAACCACGCCAUCGCCGGAAGUCUCGAGGGAUGCGAGAUUUCAUUGCUAUUUUUAAAUAGAUAUGAGAGAGGUGUGUCGCUAUGCGCCGGGACGCAUUUGGACGCAUCCGGCGAAUCCCGAAAAGACGCAUUUAGUCGCAACCGUCGGGAAUGAGUUAAUUAUAAAAGAAAUGUGGCAGUGUUUAACUUGUAGCACGUACACCGUCUCACAAUGAGAAUCAGUAUGAGAUGUGAGGGCUAACAUAAAGUUCUAGAAAUUACUAUUGUACUGUUAUCCAUCAUGUAUGGUGUCUAUGUAAGAUGCAACUAUAGCAGGACAGCUACUGCACUACAAUGGUAUAAAGUAUGAGAACCUUCAGUUAGAUACUUGUAUCAAUCAAUCGUCUUUUUUAAGUCUAAUAUAACUAAUGAAGAGAAAUCUUCUUUAGGGAUGCAACUAAAACUUUGAAACAAAAACUCAUUUUAAAAAAUGAAGCGCGCACUAUAAAUAAGGAUGUGCGGACAGACUAGAGGGCAUGUAAGUCAUACCCCGAAAAAGAUGGUCUAUUAAUUGCCUUCUGGCAGAUUUCCUGCAGUAAAUAAACAAUCCCCCGAAGACUCCAACCCGAAUUAAAGUCAAAGUUCCAGAACAAAACACUAAAGACUUAUGGGUUAACGUUUUGUCUCGGGCAUCUAAGAUAAACUUUUAUAUGUAAAUAAGUUAUUAAAAUGCUUUUUAAGAUAUUUUUAAAUAGAAGGGGUUGGGAACCACAUGGCUGAAUGUGAAAACUCCCUUAAUUACUUAAUAUUACAAUAUCCUCUAAAGCAGGCCUGCAUAACAUACGGCCCGCGGGCCACAUAUCACCAGCACCCACUUUGCGGCCCGCGAAGUAACGAAAUAUUUUUUUAUUCUUAUUAUUUUCUUAAUAGCUUUUCCCAUGACCUUUAUUCUUUUGGCCCGCAGAAGCCUUGUCCUACUUUCUUUUGGCCCGCACUUUGCGGCACGUGAAAUAACGAAAUAUCUUUAUUAUUAUUAUUUUCUUAAUAGCUUUCCCCCCUGUCCUAUUAUCUUUCGGCCCGCACAAUUUUUUUAUAAAUUACGGCCCGCACAAGUUUUUCAUAAAGUAUUACUGCAAGCACAAGUUUUUCAUAAAGUUUUUUAUUAAGCCCCGCCUUAAAUUCUGAGUUGUGUAGGCCUGUUCUUUACAAUUUAAUCAUACUGGUUUUAUUUAUAGUUUUCAUCCAAUUUAAAUUGAUCUCCAUCAUUACAUAUUAUUAUAUUCACAAUUUAAAAAAACAUCAUUGGACUUCAAAUUUCUCCUUUUUUUUUAGCUGGCUUGGAUGAAAUCUCAAUCCCUAGGAGGAGUAGGAGUUUGGGCUAUGCACCUUGAUGACAACACUGGAGUCUGCAAAUUAGGAUCCUUUCCACUUCUUAAUGCUAUCAAGUCAAAUCUUUGAGAACCAGUAUUUUAAAAAGUUUUUUAUAUAUUUAUUCAGAGAUGCUUAAGAUUAGGCAUUCGAUACAAGACCUAGGCAAGAAAUCUCAUCAUUUGCUGGUCUUGUGAUGGAAAAAGUUACCAUCACUUGACACCUUUUUAAAGAAGAAUAGACUAAGGUUUUUUUUUCAAGUCAUUAGUUGUUUUAAAUAGCCUACUUUUCAUUUUGCACUAUUUAAAUGCCCAUUUAUAAAUAUUUUGCUCUGCAUAUAUAUUAAGGAGUUACAAACUUUUAAAAUUUAAAUGUUUUUUUUGUAUUGUUUUAUCAUAACAGAGGUUAUUUUUUCAAAUGUGCAUUAAAAAAUCUUUUUAUGUGUGUGUUUGGAGAUGGAAAAUCUAUGCAAAUUUGUACAUUUUUUGUCUAUGAUAGAGAAAUCAUCUGAAAAUGGGAGGAAGCCUAUGCUGGUAAUAGCAUCAUUAUGCAAGGGAAUAAUUUAUUAAAUAAACAAGCUUUUGAGUAAUAAAUCUCUGAAAGUUAUUGCCAAGUAAACCACCUACGCCUAGCUUAUUGAUAAUAAAAUCAGUUGAAACAUAAUUAGCAAUUAGAGAAAGUUAUGACCCAGAUGAUUUAAAUGUAGACCUACUUGUUGAAGCUGAUGUUUCAAAGUAGGUUAAGUCAAUCUUCCAUGUUUAAUGAAAGUAGCUGCCUCGUUUAUUUUGUGACAAGUGAUUUCUUUUGAGUAAAUAUUUUCCAAAUUAAUUAAUUUUAAUUUAAAUUGAGAAGCAAGAAGAUGAACAAACAUGAUUGUGUUCCUUUGUUGUUUUUUUAAAACAAUUAUGUAAAUAAAACUAUUCAUGAUUCA